AUGACCCAAGCAUAUAAACGUGUCCCAGCCACGGACCCGCAAAAAGUGUUCCAUUAUACAGACCUCCAACGAACUAAGCCGACCAGAGCCAAUGACCCGUACGAGUAUCUCGUUGGCUUCGGUAACAGUCACCAGUCCGAAGUCAUCCCAGGAGCUCUCCCCAUAGCUCAAAACAAUCCGCAAGACCGUGGUUUUGGGCUGUACACAGAAGGCCUAACAUACUCUUUCUUUGCAGCGCCGAGGCAUUGCAACAUGAACGCAUACAUGUAUCGUGCGCGACCAUCCGCAGCCCACCGUGGCUACAGACCAGUCAACAGCAAAUCUAACAUCGAGAACUGCUUCCUGUCGCUGAACCCAAAAGUCAAAACAAUCCCAGCCCAGGCCGAGUGGUCGCCCUUCCCUCUUCCGGCCGCUGGCGCAGAAAUAGAUUUCACCGACGGACUGCAGACGCUGGGCGGGAGCGGCGAUCCGAAUCUGCGUGAGGGCGUAGCGCUCUACAUCUACGCCUUCAACAAGAACAUGGAUGGCAAGGCAUACUGCAACACAGAUGGCGACUUUCUCAUCGUAGCUCAGCUGGGCAAUCUGGACAUUCAGACGGAGAUGGGCAGGCUGUUCCUCCAGCCUGGCGAAAUCUGCGUUGUUCAGCGCGGUAUCCGGUUCCGCGUCGAUUUGGGUCCGGACGUGCCUGUCGCUCGUGGCUACAUCAUCGAGGUCUGGGGCUCGACGUGGGAACUGCCUGAACUAGGCCCCAUUGGCGGUCAUGGGUUGGCCAAUCCGCGCGACUUUCUCUUCCCCAAGGCCUACAUAGACGAACAGCUUCACCAAGACUUUACUAUCGUCGUCAAGAACAACGGUGAACACCUAGCUAUUGACCAGGACCACAGCCCGUUCGAUGUUGUGGCAUGGCAUGGGAACGCUGUUCCGUACAAGUACGAUUUGACCAAGUUUGUGUCGCAGAACGCCACAUCCGUCGACCACACUGACCCGUGCAUCAACACUGUUCUGACCGCCCGGUCGCGGGAUCCCAACACGUCACUCGUCGACUUCCUCUGGUUCGGUCCCCGCUGGGACGUUGCGUCUAACAGUUUCCGCCCUCCCUAUUUUCACCGCAAUGCCGCCUCCGAGUUUCUCGCUUGCUUGUACGGCAAAGGCCUGGGUCGUUCGGACGAUUUCCGGCCUGGCGGUGGUAGCUACGAAGGGGGAAACACACCCCACGGAGGCUUUGAUGACAGCUAUAUUAUGACUUCUUCGAAGCCGACGGUCAACCAACCGCAGCGCAUCUUGGAGGAGCAAAUGACGAUCAUGAUCGAGACCAGUAGGACGCUACUGUUUACCGAAUACGCACGCGAAUCCUGCGGCGUGUUCCAGGCGCAAGGCACGGAUCCGGCAGUGUGGGACAGGCUACCGGACAACUUCUCUGCAAACCCUAGGGUGAGAGAGAUGCUGAAGCGAGCCAAAGAAGACGAGGCUACGGAACGUGAUCGAAUUGACUAUUACCACAACGUAGACCUUUGGGACAGAAGCUAG